GAGCUUAGUGCUGUGUGUGAUGUGGCCAGACCUCUGCCAUAUAUGGUACUGAAUAGAAAAGCAUAGCAGAAAGUUUACAGCACACGAAACUCAGAAUGAAUGGGACGGCAUAUGCUAACUUUGACAACCAAGAACACGUCCUGAAAUUAGGGGAGACGUUUGAGAAACACCCUAAAACUGCAUACCACACAGUGCGAUAUGACUUCAAACCGGCGUCCAUUGAUACAACAUGUGAAGGCGAACUUGAAGUGGGCAAGGGAGAGCAAGUAACCAUCACUCUCCCCAACUUGGAGGGUUCCACCGCCCCGGUCACGGUCUUCAAAGGAUCCAAGAGGCCCUACAUGAAAGAAUGCAUCCUCAUUGUGAACCACGACACCGGAGAGUACCGCCUGGAGAAACUCAACAGCAACAUAGCAGUCAAAAAGACCAGGGCUGAGGGGAGCAGUAAGGUCCAGUCCCGUCUGGAGCAGCAGACCAGCCGGCUGAGCCAGCAGGUGAAAUGUGGGGGCAGCGGGACCAAGGCGCCCCCCAGCAGCAUCGCUGGGGAGGGGCCCCCUCCCCCCAAAGAGAAGAUGUUCCCCGCGUCACCCAUGGACGACAUCGAGAGAGAGCUGAUGGAGGAGGCUCAGGGCAUGGACCAGAUGAGCAGCGGCGACAGCUCCUCUGACUCCAACAGCUCCUCCUCGUCCAGCAGCGACGACAGCUCCAGCGACGAGGAGGGGGGCCGGCGACGCUCGUCCCCCUCAGCCCAGGCCCAGGCCCAGGCCCCGGCCCCGGCCCCGGCCCCGGCAGCGCCCGCCAUCCCCUCCCCGACACUCCACAGCAUGCCCGUCCUCAUCACAGGGAACCCCCUGGCCGGCGCGCCCCAGCCCCCCGGCCGCCCGGAGGAGAGCGGCGGGGGCGGGGGCGGGGGGGGGGUCCACAUCAACACGCUCAAGAACGAUCUCCAGCUCAGCGAGUCAGGAAGCGAAAGUGACAGUGACUGAGCGACAGUGGGGCGAAUUCCUCUCCGUGGUUCUGGGCUGGAAUGAAAGUGCUCGGAAGGACAACAAUCAACCAUUGCUUGCUAUUCUUGGGAGUGUUCAUCUCUUUGAUCUGUGUAACGUCCUGGGACUCAAGAAUGCCAUUGUUGCCAGUGCUCAGAUGGUUGUCCUUUUGGAAAUUGUCAUAUUCAAUCAUACUACCGAAAACAUAAUCAUGUUUGUCAUUUAACACGACAGACUACGAUUAGAUUCAGUUGCCAACCACCAUAGUUCCUGCAUUUCAAUAAGUCCUAUUUAGUGACAUUAAUGUGAUGAGUUAAAAGCUGUGAUCAAUUGUUGGAUACAUAUUUCAAAAAUAUAUAUAUAGUCGGCAUAUAGGCUGUUUGCCGAUUAUGUCUUAAGUGGUGUUUAUUUGUAAUUAAAGAAGGAAAGAAUUGCAGAUGAGCAUAUAUGUAUAUAUGUAUUUUUUAGGCAAUGCCACAUUGAUAUCAGGAACGGGAAAACUUAUUGAGCAUUUCUGUUAGUUUAAGAAGCCAGUGCCUGAUUAUUUUUGACUAGUUUAGUAAAAUUCCAUUUUAAGGAAUUAUCUUAAAAGGCCCCUUGUUUAUUUAUUGUCAUUUCAUUAUUCGUAGGUCUGAUUUGGUUAGGUAGUCUUGUCAUUCUGACACGUUUUCAGUAGGUGUAUGGAAGAAUAAUGGCCUUUGUAGAGAACCUGCGAUACUUGAAUUGGAAUAUUUAUAAUAGAAUUGUAUACUCUGACCAACCGAUAGUUGCUUAAUAUAUCCAAUGUAAUUUCACUUGAGAGAAACAACAAAGUGGCAGUUUAUGUAGUUGUAAGCAUCAAUACUGUGCCUAAAUGUGAUUUCCUUUGGGACUUUGCUAUGAAUUUGCCUUAGGUAAUUAUAACUACAUGCAAAUCGUAUACUGAAACAUAGAUGAGUGGGAAGAUGCACCAAACAACAUUCUUGAGUUGCAGAUUUCAAUAUUGUAUUAGAUAUCAAUGUAAUUCCUUUGUAGAUUAAUAAACAUUCAGAUUGACUUCUAA